GCUACAACCAUGGACAGUGAAGUGCAAAGGGAUGGCAGGAUCCUCGAUUUGAUCGAUGAUGCAUGGAGGGAAGAUAAAUUGCCAUACGAGGAUGUUGCUAUCCCACUGAAUGAGCUUCCUGAACCAGAGCAAGACAAUGGUGGCACAACCGAGUCUGUGAAAGAGCAAGAAAUGAAGUGGACAGAUUUGGCUCUCCAGUAUCUCCAUGAAAACAUUCCACCCACAGGAAACUAGUGAAUCAGUGAGAUUCCACGCAGUGGCUGCAUGAAUGCAAUAUAAAAAGUACUCUCCACCUGACCAUCGUUGUCAUAAGCUUCUCCAAGGAGGAAACAACAUUUCUGAAAAGGCUUGGAUUCAAACAAUGGUUCUACUCAC